CAAACACCAAAGAAACCGACCCAGAGAGAAAAAAAAAAAGAAUGGAAGAAAUUGUGGUACUGAUUGUUGGUGCUGGACCUUCUGGUCUUGCAACUUCUGCAUGCUUAUCAGUUCAUUCCAUCCCUCAUAUCAUCCUUGAAAAAGAAGAUAUUUAUGCUUCCCUUUGGAAGAAAAGAGCUUAUGAUCGGUUGAAACUCCAUUUAGCCAAAGAAUUUUGUUCCUUGCCGUUCAAACCCCAUUCACCCGAUAGCCCUACUUACAUACCCAAAGAUAUGUUCGUCGACUAUCUCGAUGACUACGUCAAGACGUUUAACAUCCAGCCUAAAUAUCAACGACAUGUUGAAUCGGCUUCUUACGAUGAAGCUGAUGGGAAAUGGCGGAUCGAGGCCAAGAAUGUACUGACAGGGGGUGUUGAAGUUUAUGUUGCUGAGUUCUUGGUGGUGGCUUCAGGCGAAAACAGUGGCAAAUACAUCCCGGAGCUGCCGGGGUUGGAUAGCUUUAGCGGUGAAACCCUCCAUUCCAGUGAGUACAAAUCGGGUGCCAAGUAUGAAAACAAGGAGGUCUUGGUCGUUGGUUGUGGUAAUUCUGGUAUGGAGAUAGCUUAUGAUCUAUCAAAUUACGGAGUUCAAACUGCCAUUGUUAUUAGAAACCCUGUUCAUGUGGUGAGCAAAGAAAUUGUGAGGGUAGGCAUGAUAUUCUCCAAGUAUCUCCCGAUUUUUAUAGUGGAUAUCAUGGCCGUACUGAUGUCGAAAAUAUUAUAUGGCGAUCUAUCCAAGUAUGGGAUCUGUAGGCCAACCAAAGGUCCUUUUUAUCUGAAAGCGACAGCGGGGAGAGCUCCAGUUAUUGAUGUUGGAACUGUCGCCAAAAUCAAGUCUAAAGAGAUUAAGGUUGUUCCAGCGAUAUCAAGUAUUGAUGGGAAGAAAGUGUUGUUUGAAGAUGGUGCUGAAAGAGAAUUCGAUGUGAUUGUUUUUGCAACUGGCUAUCGAAGUGUAGCUAAUAACUGGCUUAAGGAUUUUAAGCAUGUUCUGAAUGAAACCGGGAUGCCUAAAAAUGACUUCCCACACCAUUGGAAAGGAGAAAAGAACUUGUAUUGCUGUGGAUUAUCAAGGAGGGGACUGUUUGGUGUGUCCAUGGAUGCAUCCGCCAUUGCUGAUGACAUUAAAAAGGUUGUUACUGAGAAACUGAACAAGUGAACAACAAAUGUGUUUCUUGCAGCGCGUGGUUUUUAAUUUACUGUUAGUUUGCUUUAUGUUUGUAUGUCAUCUGUCUGUGUUAAGCAAUUUAUUUUACUGACCGUGGAAAGAACAAUUGGAAUUUCAUGAUGUCCAAUCUGUUGUGUUAUGUGAUUAACAGUGUCAAA